AAUGGUGAAUUGGGUGGCAAACUUCUGGAGUACAAUUCCUUGCGGAGAGACUUUGUACCAUUCCUUUUAAAUUUUUUAAGAGAACAGACAAACCAACUAAUUCCAAAUGGUCCAUCAACUCCUGCAAAAACAUCCUCCGUCAAGGGACUGAAACCUGCCCGGUGCCAUCGGGAUUGGAAUGAAAGUAACCAGACAGAGACAAAAGGCAGUAACACAGAAACACCAAAAGGGACCAGAGUGCAGUUAUUCCUCGACACGCCAAACAAUUCCUUGAAUUUGGGCAGUUCAUUCGAAUUUCCCUCAUCCAAUGGCACUUCCUUCUUUUCAAAAUCUAACAGCGACUUAAACAGUAUAGACUCCUCUGUUAGCCCAGACUUCAGCAGUGGCGCUACAUCACGCUAUGGUGAACGACGGUCAGCUCAGAGGGCCAACCUUGGGCAGUUCAUCGUCCAAGGCCAUGAAAGCCAAUCUCAGCGCCGUGCCAAGAAGAAAAAUAUGCUAGUCAGUGGCCGCCAUGUAGCCAAGGACACAGCAAAGAGCCCAGCUGAAGAUGAUGCUGGAACUUGGAAUGGCAAUAAGAGGAGGAUAGAGUUUGUUAAUACGACUUCACCUGCAGCUCAGUUAAAUAUAAAUAACUUGGAAGAAUUUCCACCAGUGGGUGCAGUAAUAUCGGGAAGCAAAACAAAACCAUCAAGAAGAAUUAAUCCUACUCCCGUCAGCGUAGAGCGGCUGCAGUCCAAACCGAAGAUAUGUUUCACUUCCAUUCCUUUGAGCCAACCAUUAUCCUCCACGUGCUGUGUAGGAGCUGCUUCAGAGGCAUUUGGGGCUGGACUGGAGGGAUUUGCUGCAGUUUCAUCUCCUAGCAGCUUGCAGGAAGAGCGUGAGAUGCUGAAAAUUGAAAGAUCCAAGUUGCUUCAGCAGUCAAUGGUUUUCGAGUCAGUCCCACCUACUAAAUGCCAGUAUGGAAGAUCUUCUAGUACAUCCUCAGACAGUAUUGCUGUAUGUGCUGACAUAAGCAAAGUUUCUUAUAGAAGCCAGUUGGAUAUCUUGGCUCAGCUAUACUCUGCCUGUAUUUCUGAAAACUUAGUGCCAAACAUUUUUCUGGAGCUGUUCUUUAUACUGCAGUUGUUAACGUCCAGGGGUGGAGCAUCAACAGAUGAUCUGGAAGAUAAGGUAGAAUAUUCUACUGAGGUGAAAGAUGUGGAAAGGCAGUAUUUCAGGAGUGUGCAUAAUUGCACUUACUUUGCUGUCAGAGUUCUAGAAACACAGUUCACGAUAAUUUCUUAUUUAGAUAAGGGGACUAUAAGACUUCUUGGUGAGAAUGACCGGCUUGGUACGUUCUCUGCAUCGUUGCGUGAACGGUUGACCCAUGCCAAUGAGGUCAGUGCUGCACAGGUAUCACUGGCUCUCCCUUCAGUCAUACAGUCUGUUCCGUUUGAACCAGAAACUGACAAUAGAUCAAAUUUUACCAGUGACAGAGCCUUUCAGAGUUUCAAGAAGCAAAGGGAUGUCUUUUAUGAAUUGCUGCGUGAGUGGGAGGAUAAGCAUGCAAAUCCCGGUUGGGAAUUUGAGAGAGCUCUGGGUCUUCGGAUCAGAAACAUGAUGGUCAAUCUGAGCACAGCUUGUAAUCAUAACCACUUUGCAAGGCUGUUUCAGAAACAGUUGAUAAGGAUGUGUAAGGGUGCAGCUGGAGCACUUGCAGGCAGUGAACAUCCUGACCAAGACGUGCUGGAUAUGUUUGGGACAGACAACCUAACCAAACUGAAGCGGCUACAGGAACGCUUUGUUGUGCCUCAAAGUACUGGGGGGCCGUGUCCCCCUCCAAGUUUCUCUGGUUGCCAACUGUUCUUCAGGGAUUUCCUUCUCUGUGCGGGAAGCCAUCAGUUAAAUCAGCACUUGUCAGACACACUUUGCCAGCAAAUUUUGGAACUGGAUGGAAUUGCAAUUCUGAGCCAUGGGUCCUCAGAACAUGAAGUGGACGUAGAUGAACAGGCUGAAAAGGAGCAUUUUGCUUCAGUCUUGAUGACAGCAAGACUGCUGGCUAAGUUUCUUGGUUUCCUUGCCUUCCUCCCUUAUCGUACAGAUGAGCGACCAACAAAAGAUAUGCAAGAGGCAGCUCUCUCCCUAAGGAACAAGAGUCCACCUGUUCUGGAUGUGUACAGAUUACUGAGAAAGUCAACUGAAAAUCAACGCAUCAUUUUCACUGUACCUUGGGUGGUUGAGUUUCUUAGUAUGGUGGAUCAUGUGGCGCCAUUCCUUGAUUAUUACCAUAGUGUGUUUACCCUCCUAUUGCAUCUAUACAGAUCCUUGGUUCUAACAAGUGAGCAAAAUGACAAUUUCCUGAACAAGUUGCUGAUUCUUGCGGUACUGGGAUGGCUUUUCCAGAUUCCGGCAGUUCCUGAGGAAAUGUUCUUCAAUGAAGAGAAUGUUGAUGGAUUUGAAAUAAGCAUAUCAGACCAAGGAUUGGAUUAUGUCCCACUGGUUGACCAGCAACUACUGUAUCUUUGCUGUCCCUAUCUGAGUGAGCUGCGCAAGCUGUUAGCUUCCUACGUAGCUGGCAGUGGGCUUAAAAAUGGAGGGUACAUGAGAAAGAUCACACCAACUGCUGCAGAGCCUUCACUACCAACUUUGGCACAGUCUCAGCAGAAACUCCAGGUGAAAUUGGAAGAGGCUUUCUUUCACAAUCAACCACCGUCACUCCGCAAAACAGUUGAGUUUGUGGCUGAAAGAGUUGGAUCAAACUGUGUAAAGCACAUCAAGGCGAGUUUGGUACCUGAGCUAGUCAAGCAUGGGACAACAAAGCUGCAAAAUGCAAUGAAAAAUGAGAAAACCAAUCUGCCUGAGCUACUUGAAAGCGUGAUAUGUGAGCUCUGUGAAGAAGGCAGGCAGGCUGUUAUCAAAGGCAGAGAAUUCUGCACCAGAAAGGGACCAGAAGCAAUUCGGGUUCUACUUCCAGGAGAGACAUCUGCCUCGGUGCUGAGCACAGCUGAAGGUAUUACAAGCCGCCUUGCUACUGAGAAAGCUUGUACGUGGCUUUCUGCCAACAUCACAGCUUUAAUUAGAAAAGAAAUGAAGCUCAGCUUUGACAAACUGAGGAAAUCACAAACGGUGCAAUCAAUGAGUGAAGUUCCUGGAGUAAAAAGGAAUUGCUCACCAGAGUGUAAGCACACUGCCUCACCUCCCUCCCAGAUAGCCAGUGAGUUUAAGGAGGUGUUGAGUAUUACAUUGGGUCCCAGAUACAGCAAUGAAAGAGUGGACUACAAACAACUUGAUGACUUAUUAAGAAGGUUACGCCAAACACUAAGAUGUAGACAGUACAUGUGUCCAGUAAUUGAACAGUCCCUUGCCAAGUACACUGUGGAGCUUGCUUCUUUGUUAGUUGGAGGAGAAGUUCCACUCUCUAACCAUAAUAUGAAGAAGGAUUCCAGAGACCAACCUUCUCUUUGCAAGUCUAUCCAGCAUUUGCUUAGCUUCCUCCUCACUUUGUGGAAGGAUGAAUUCUGUGUGCCUAUACCAUUUCAACUAAUAUUUAGUGAGAAGAACAUUUCAUAUACAAUAGAGGCAAGAAAUCGAAAGUUAUGUUGGAAUGAACUCUUGUUUCUAAUUCGUGGCCUUACUGAGCAGGGGCUGAUGAAGCUUACAGAAAUAGAGAGUUGCUGGAGAGACCUUUCACGGAAGCCUUGGCCUGAGGAUUUUGUUCUUGUGAUAGAAUCCGUAUUUGCGAUGUGUUCAGAACUGGCAAAGAUGGAUAAAAUGGAAGACCAGGUGCUAAAUAAAACAGCAGUGCUUAGAUAGUCUUCUACAAAAAACACCUAGCCUUAUGAAUUGCAAAAUACUGACAGCAUAAGUGCAAUUCAUUUGGGGUGGGCAAGGUUAUUUUAUAUAUUUUACUGAUGCUGCUAAAUUUAAUAAAAUAUUCAUUUGUGAAUAUUUAAUAUAGUUCACAUUGGACUAUUUCUAACAAUUUUUCCAUUUGGCUAUUAUUAAUGCUGUGAUAUUGGCAUGGAGUUUCUGUUAAUGAUGAACUGACAAUCCUGACUGAUCAUUCUGCUGGUAUUUAACAAAGCAAUAAUAAGUAAUUAGACAUCAAUUUCAGAAUGGUACCUUCAAUAGAGGAUUGGGGCAAGCACUCAUGUUGAAGGAUGGACACUGAGAUAAACCAGGAAGUAAUGAUAAAUUAAAUAUUCUUAAAAUCCUGUACUGAAAGAUGGGCUACAGAGAGAAAAUAAAAGCUCGUAAUAAAGCUUAAAAGGGCAAUUUGUCUCAUUCAUUGGGCCAAACAGGAAUUCCAAGCUUCAAUAUUUAUAUAUUUUCAGGCCCUUUUCUCCUGCAGUUCUGUGGUAAACUCUAUAGUCAAAUGUAGAAAUCUGCUGAUUUCCUACACAAGCUUUGCUACGUCAGCAUCUAACUCACUCAGCUGGCAUUAAAACAAAGUAUAGUUUCUGCCCUGUAGGUGGCCAUUUUGAUCUUGUUAAAUAUUGCUGGAGAGAGAUGUUGCUGUAUUUUUAUAUUAAAUUGUUUUGAUAAUUUGACACUCUUACAUUUAUCCUGAGGAGUAUAAGAUACAUGCAUUAGAGUCAUUGACAAGGAAGGCCAGGCUGGAACACAGAAUCCUUGAAAUUCCUGCAUUUAACUGUCCAUGUAUGGAUGCUCCAAUCCAGUUAUUUAUGAUCUGGUAUGGGGAACAGAAAAUGCAGCCUGGCUAGUGCUACAUACUACAAAGUGAAAGACAGUACUGAAUUUGUCCUCUAUGUACAUGUUUCCAACCACAAUAAAGAAAUGAUCAUGCAAUAUGUAG